GGAUUUCACAACAGGCACUGAGUCACAUGGAUUUCCACAGUGUGGCUGCUUGGCUGUUUCUCCAGGAAAUGCUGAUGAUGUCAAGAACCCGACACGUUUACUUCUUUAGUUUGACUCAGUCCACAAGCUGGAUCCUGCUGGGUGAAAUUAUUCUGCUAUAGGUGUUAUUCUAACAAUCCCUGCAGAUGUUCCAUGGUACAGAUCCCAAUGCCUGGGAGCAGAUAAGGAGGUUAGAAAUGAGCAUCGUGUGUUUUCUGUUGCUGCUACUUCCCAGUCUGAGCAAACAAGAUGGACAACAAACAGGUAUUUUACAAUGCGGGCCUCAGAAUCUGACUGUCAGGGGUUCGGACCACCAGCUGCAAGUAGAGUGGGAGGACGACAUUUCCUGCUCAGCUAUGAAUUACCCAAUCCUCUAUAAGAUGACAGUUCUGAUUGAAAAUAAAGAAGUUCAUACUGAUGAAAUCUUGGUGAAGCCAGAGGACAUUCAGUUGACUCAUUCCUGGAACUGGACAUCUUAUCUGCCAUUGGAGUGUGCCUCUCACACCAUUAGACUUAAAUCCCAAAUCAACAACCAUACAGGCCAGAUGGAACUACAACAGACUCUUCAUGGUGCAACCACAUCUGACAAAGCAAAAGUGCUCCCUGACGAAGUGGUGUUAAAAGUUGGCAGCAUAGCCACCUUCUGCUGCAUUGUCCCAGAAGGGAAAACAUUUAAACAAAUUCUUCUGAGGCCAGCAAUGAAGACAAACAUGAACCUUACAAGGAUAAGUGCGCAUAGACACGCCCUGACUCUGCAGCUGGAAGAGGUCUGGAACAGGAGCGUGGAUGUUGAAUGUGAAACUAAAGAGCCAGACGGAGUGGGUGGUGCAAGUAUUUACAUUGGCUACCCACCUGAUGUUAGAAAUCUUCAGUGUGAAACUCGAGAUCUGGAAUCAGUGCAGUGCACCUGGGAUGAAGGAAGAGACACAAUGUUGGGAAGCAGAAGUCCAACAUAUUAUCAGCUUAAUGGAAGUAACUUCAGUCCUGAAUCUCCAGGAAGAUUGUAUAAAAAGUUUAAGGUUAUAGGUGGUAUGCAGAGUUGGACUUUGACAGCUUGGAAUACGCUUGGAAAGGUGGAAAUCAACUACCAAGCCGAUCUCACCCAACGAGUUCACAUGUGGGCCCCAGAGAGACUUACAGCUGCUGAUGUGAAUGCCAGAAAUGCCACCCUUACCUGGAAGUGGAAAGUGCCGCGGUAUCAUAACCUGAACCUAACAUGCCAUAUACUGAUCAGUGACUCAGAGGGACAAGUAUGUCUGAAGAAACAUGGAGUCGGACUGAAUGGUACAGCUUUAACUGAUCUGAGACCAAACUGGAAUUAUAACCUGACUGUCCGGUGCCAAACAGCUAACCACUCGAUAUUGGGCGACUGGAGCAAACAAGUGACCUUCCUCACAAAGGGUGAUGUUCCAGAUGCUCUUGACGUGUGGAUGAAGUGGCAGGAAAAACACACACUAAUAGUUUGGAAGGAGCCUCUGAACAACCAGAGCCAUGGAAACAUCAUAAAAUAUGAAGUAACUUGGGCAAACACCACAUUCUUGGUAAACCACAGCAUCAACAGAUACUCUCUACUUCUGGACCCCAGUAAAGAACAUGUUGUCACGGUAACAGCGAUAAACGAGCAUGGCAUCUCAUCACCAUCAACCAUUACCAUCCCAGUCAUCAGUCCAGAAAAAAACAGUAUCAACACCUCCUGGAUCACUGGAAGUGCUCAGGGCUUGAGCCUGUCCUGGUCUGCCAGUCAAGACGCCAGCUGUGGCUACAUUGUGGACUGGGUACCUGCAGUCCAUGAUGGUGAUGUGGACUGGCUAAAGCUGCCUCCCAAUCAGACCAGGGUCAAGAUAAAUCCAGAGAAGUUCCUCGAUGGGCUGAGGUAUUCAUUAUCGAUCUACGCCUGCACCACAACUUCUCCAGUGCUUCUGGAGAAGAGGGAGGGCUACAUCACAGAGACACGGAUUAAAGAUGGGCUCUUUAACCCUCUGGAGUAUAAACAGAUGGGUACUGAUGUGGAAAUAUCCUGGAAGCCAGUUCCUGUGAAAGAGCAGUCUGCUUUUAUCCGUGGAUAUGUUCUGUACUGCCACGAAAAAAGUGGCCAGAACAUCCAGGUUACUACAGACAAUCCUGAAGAAACCAGCCUGAUGGUGAAAAACCUGAUGAUCAGCUCCUACAACUUCACUGUGGUGGCCCGGACAGCAGUGGGAGAGUGCGGCAACACAUCAAUCACAGCAACCCUCAACCCUGAGAAUGACAGCUUCCACAAAACCUUUUUCAUUUCCCUGAGCGGGAUUUUUAUACUUAUCCUCCUCAUCGCGAUUCUCUGUUACAGACAAUGGGCACACAUCCCAAAGCCAGAGAUAGCUAACUGGUUGACAUCACCUGUUAAAGACAUUUCUCUCUACCUGCAAACUGACCCCAGCCUCCACUCUGAGGACCGCAUUGAAAUCCCACAGCUGGUUUAUAAAUCUGAAGAGCAAAUCAAAAAUAACAUCCACCAGGAUAAAACACAAGCUCCACAGGGCUACCAGAACACACCCCACCCAAACUGGACCACUAAUGCUUUGGAUGGGUCCAACCCAAAAAGCCCGCCUCUGUCAUUAUUUCCCAACCCAACAUAUAACUUGCUGAUACUAAAGGAAGGUAUGACCCCAGGCACCGAGCCGAAGCUGCAGGUGAGGAAUGAAUAUCAGCCUCAGAGUUUGAAUGAGAUCUUUCAUCAGAACCAAGUGGAGCUGGACCCUAAAUGCUUUGUUCCAGACUACAUUGUUGCACCCAAGCCAUCUUUCUCACAAUGACACAUUAGGGAUGGGCUUAAAGUUCAGUAGGAUCCACGAGAGGUAAACCUGCCUGUAGCUAAGACAUAAUGAAGACCUAAAGGAAACAACCCCUCUGUCUCGUUCCAAUGGAAAGGUUUUGAAACCUCCAAGGAGCCAGGGAGCCAUCAGUAUCAAACAAACCUCCUUUAGAUGAGGAGCCACAUCAUGAUGGAGCUCCCGACCCUUGACUCAUGGAGGAUCCUCCAGAGAAAAGCUCUUACAUCCAGAGGUUCUUUCCCUCAACUCCUUCAAAAGACUUGACUAACAACGUCAUCAGUACAGAUGAAGCCCUGAAGCGACAGCUUCAACCUGGCAUCAUCAGGAGCAGAAAUCUCCUCCAGAAAUUGAUUCCAUUCCCUCUGGAUUAGAAUAUUCACCCAGGCUGGGUCUAAAUGAAGGUUCAAAUCCAGUCUGAUUAGAAUAAAUACAAUUAGACUGAAUAGACCCAACUCAUAGAUACAGCCAUUUAGUAAAUGGUCAAUCAUUAGAGGAAGAACAGACUCUAAAAUGACGAUGUUGACUCUGCAGCUAACCAGUGGAGAGUGGGAUUAGUGGGAGCAACAACCACCAUCAGAAUUGGAGAGUGGAAGGAAAAAGUAGAAAGGCCUCUUGAGCCUUCACCAAAACUAGCUAGCUCAGGGCAACAUCAACCUAUAACUUCACAGAAAGCUCAUCUAAAAAAGUUACUUUAUUUCCUUGUUUAUUAAAAGCUUCUAAGUUCUUGGGCCCUGCUUCGAUGGUGCAGUGACUAGUGCGGACAAACUACCUACAGAGGCCUUAGUCUUCGCCACAUCCGACCCGGAUUAGAAUCGGACCUGUGGUCCUUUAAUCCAGAUAUAUUCUGGAGUCAUAAUGAACACUAGAGUGAAUAUUGGUGGUUAUCAUCAGUAACGAUCAGCUUUAAAUCUGAUUCUAAAACAUUUAUCAAAGGCAAAAAUUGUAAUGAUAUCAACAAUUUAAUGGUCAUCCUGAAUGAUGUAAUUCCCUAUGAGCUAGAUAGGUGGCACAUGUGCAUUGUAUAAAAACCUAGUGUUAGAACAUACAGAUAUGUAGUGUAUUAUGACCACAGUUGGGUACGCCUGUAAUAUGAGCGUGAAAGUUUAAUAGAUGAAGCCAAUUCUGUUCAAGUACCUGCGUGUUUUAUUGAAGAACCCACAACACAAAUGAAACAUGGUGUCAGGAGACGGACUUGAGGAGAAACUUGGAUGUUAACAGCAAAUUAGAGAGGAUUGACUGAAAAACGUCUGAUGCUAGUCCGCAGAGAACAUAGCAAGUUAAGUCAACUGAGGAUUGUUAGCCUGUUUUCCACGGGAGAAAAAGAGCAUAAAAAAACCAAAGAUGCAAACACUACAACCAACACCCAAUCGGCAGCUGACAGGUAAUGUGGCGGAGAACUGGAGGAAGUGUAAGCAAUGCUUUCAACUGUACGUAUCAGCUAUCGGUGCUAGCGAUAAAUCUAAGAAAGUGAAAGCAUCAGUGUUUCUACAUGUAGUGGGUGAAGAUGCACUAGAAGUCUAUAACACCUUCCAGUUUGACGCUGAAGAUUAUUAAAGGAAUUUGGAAAAAAUACUAAAGAAGUUUGAGGAUUACUGUAUUCCAAAAAGAAACUUCACGUUUGAAAGGCAAGAUUCUUUACCUGUGUUCAGAAAACGGGAGAAACUAUUGAUCAGUAUGUUUCCGAACUGAGGAACAGAAGCAAGACGUGUGCGUUUGGAUGACUGACAGAUCAGUUGAUAAUAGACAAGCUUGUUUGAAGAAUUCUAGAUAAAGGUCUACGAGAAACGGUACUGAGAGAGGAAAAUUUAGAUUUAGACAGAGACCUGACACUAUGCAGAGCAGCAGAAACGGUCAGAACACAAGCAAAAGCGCUGGUUGGUGAGAGUUGCAACGUGGAUGCAGUUAGGAGAGAAGAACGAGGAGCAGUCAGGAAGAAAAGCGGCGCUGCCGACUUGAAGAGUGAAACGAAACCAGCGCACAGAGACGUGCAUGGAACGGCGUGCAGUCGACAUGGCAUGCAGCAUCCUCCCAAGAAAUGCCCUGCGUAUGGCAAAGUGUGUAACAAUUGCAACAAAAAGAACCAUUAUGCAAGGCAGUGCAAGAGUCAGGCACGACAGAGCCAAGAGCAUACAGUGAAUGAAAAUAACUCUAUGUGGAUGUAGUAACAGAAGAAAAUGCAGACAAGGCAGAUUGGAUGCUGAAGUUAAAAGUGAAUGACACAAACACGGCGAUGAAAUUAGACACAGAAGCUCAAGCAAAUGUGAUUUCAGAGACUGUGUUUAAAAAAAUCAGACCCAGACCAAAAUUACAUGCAACAAAAGUGAAAGUGAGUUGAUAUUCCGGAGCAGCAAUACCUGUUAAAGCAAAAUGCAUGGUCACAGUGACACACAAAAAGAAAGAGCAAAUGCUGGCAUUCAUAGUAGCAGCUGGAAAUGUACAGACCAUUUUAGGAUUAGCUGCCUGUGAGAGACUGAAUCUAUGCAGAUACAGAGUAUGAUGAACUUAUGGAACAUUAAAAGGAUCUGUUUCAGGGUUUAGGCUGUCUUCCUGGAGAGCACACCAUCCAAGUUGACAAGACAGUGCCACCAGUCAUCAAUUCAUGCCGAAAAGUACCAUUUGCUCUUCAAAAGCCCAUAAAAGAUGAAUUUGACAGGAUGGAAAGGCUGGGAGUGAUUGAGAGAAUUGACGAACCAACUGAUUGGGUCAGUUCUCUGGUCAGUGUGAACAAAAAGAAUAUUAAGCCUAGAGUGUGCAUGGAUCCAAGAAAUUUGAACAGAGCUAUGAAGCGUGAACACUUUAAAUGACCCUCAAGAGAAGGAAUAAUGUCACAGUUUGCUAAUGCAAAAUACUUCAGCAAGUUAGAUGCGUCUUCUGGAUUUUGGCCACUAAAAUUCGACAGUGCAAGCUCAAAAUUGUGCAUGUUUAACAGUCCUUUUGGCAGAUACCGAUUUUUGAGAUUACCAUUUGGCAUAGCUUCAGCACCUGAAGGGUAUCAUAAAACAAUUCAUAUGAUCUAUGAGCACUUGGAAGGUGUAGACACCUCCAUGGACAACAUAAUGGUAUGGGGAAGUACAAAAGCUGAGCACAACCUGAGGCUGAAAAGUGUCCUGAAAGCGCCAAGAAAAGCAAACCUGAAAUUAAACAAAGAAAAGGGUGUGAAAGAACUGACAUUUGUUGGAGAUAAACUUAGCAGUGAGGGAGUUAGGCCUGAUCCCAGAAAAGUGACAACAAUAGAAAACAUGCCAACGCCAAAAUGCAUGAAAGAUGUGCAGAGAUUCAAUGGAAUGGUUAACUACACAGGAAAGUUUAUACCUAAUCUCUCUGAACGCAUGGCACCAUUGAGACAACUAACUGAAAAGAAAACAGAAUGGAAGUGGAGUCAUGGACAUGAAAAAGCAUGGAAAGACCUGAAGACACAGCUUACGCUUGAACCAGUACUGAGGUUCUAGGAUCCAGCUAAGCCCAUCAAGAUCUCAUCCGAUGCAUCGCAAAGUGGACUAGGAGCUGUUCUUCUACAGCUGUACCAUGAAUGGCAACCCAUUGCAUAUGCAUCACGCUCAAUGACAGAUGCAGAGAUGCGUUAGGCACUAAUUGAGAAGGAGCUGUUAAGCAUAACUUAUGCAUGUGAUAGAUUUCACCAGUUCAUGUCAGGACAGGAAAUAGGUGUAGAAACUGAUCAUAAACCAUUGAUCGCACCGUUUAAAAAACCACUCAAUGACUGUCCACUGAGAACGCUACUCAUGGACAGUGACGUAUACACUAGGCAAGCUGAUGUACACAGCCGACGCUUUGUCAAGAGCAGCUGACCCAAAGGAACCGGUGAGCAGCAACAUAAAUGAUGAUGUGAAUGCUUAUGUGGACAUGAUCACAAAGGCCUUACCUGUUUCUGAUGCCAAGAUUGAACUGAUAAAGAUAGACAAAGAUAAGAAGAGCUUGCGAGGUGAUGUACUGGCCACGGAUAAAUCAAGACAUCACAAGUGAAGUGUCUGAUUGUUCAAUUGUCUGAAAUAUCAAUCAAGCCAUCCAGCUGAACCACUCAAACCCCACAAAGUACCCGACAGACCAUACCAAAAAAUAGGUGCUGACCUGUUUUAAUGUGCUGGAAGAGACUACAUUGUCAUCACACAUUAUUAUUUGUCGUAUCCAGAGGUUAGUAGGCUGAAUUCUACAACAGCAAAUGCAGUAAUAACAGCCAUAAAAGCCGCAUUCGCAAGACACGGUGUGACAAAUGAGGUCUUCUCAGAUAAUGGACCACAAUUUUCCAGUGAGAGCUUCAAACGCUUUGCUGAGGAAUGGAACUUUGUGCACACAACAUGGAGUCUGCAUUACCCACAGUCAAAUGGCCUAGUUGAAAAGUCCGUUCAGACUGUGAAGAGACUGUUGCACAAAGCCAAGGAUGGUGGAGCAGACUGAGAUCAAACCUGCCUAUUCAGGAAAAGCUGCUGAAAACAAAGGAGGGAGGAAAGGUGAAGAGAUACAAACAACAACACAAAACAAAACAAAAGUUCUACUACGGCAGAGGAACACAAAACGUACCUGAACUGCAUACUGGCAACAAGGUGAGACUCAAGCACAAAAAACAAACACAUGGUCACAGAAAGCAGCUGUCCUGAAACAAAUUCAACUAAGAUCAUACAACAUUAAGACAGAAGAUGGUGCGGUGCUGAGAAGGAAUCGCCGUGACAUCCUGGGGCCAACAAAAGCAGAUCGACCGCCUGAUGAAGCAGCAGAGCAACAUCAGCAUCCAGAGAAUCAAUCAUCUGAGGCAACAGUUCCAGAUUCAAAUCCAGAUCCUGCUCAAAGUCCAGAACAACACCUCAACAGAUCUUUAAGGGUUAUAUGAGCACCUGACUGACUGAUUGUACAGAUUUAGUAUUGUAGUUCAGUCAGGAUGAGGUUACAUUUUGAAAGAUAGUUUGAUAUAGUUGGAAUGGUUUUUCAGAUUAAAAUAAGUACAUUUCAAUAGGUUAAAAGUUAGGUUAAUGUAAGUUCAUAAGGUUUCAAUGUUCCUGAGCCAUCAGUUUAAAAAGUGUAAUACUUUUACUUAAAGCAGAAGUAAUGAUAUGAACAAUUUAAUGGUCAUCCUGAAUGAUGUAAUUCCCUAUGAGCUAGAUAGGUGGAGCAUGUGCAUUGUAUAAAAUCCUAGUGUUAGAACAUAAGAUAUGUAGUGUUUUAUGAACACAGUUGUGUACGCCUGUAAUAUGAGCGUGAAAGUUUAAUGGAUAAAGCCCAUUCUGUUAAAGUACCUGCAUGUUUUAUUGAAGAACCCACAACACAAAUGAAACAACAAUAAGAGUGAACAAACCAACAAUUCACCAGUUACUCAAUUAUUCUUCAUUAUCUCUGGAACAGAAAUCAUACGUGCAUUUUCAAUAGUUUACUGAACAUUUACCUUUAAGAAACCCUAAAUAAGGCAGGACCGUCAUUUCCACUCUACCCACUUCUUAUUGUUGGGAUUUCAAAACAAUUCAUGGAGACUGUUUGCUAUUUCUGGAUCAAACCACUGGUUCAGAUAAGAACUUCCUAAAGCUUGCACCAAGAUGACCUGCUGGUCUAUGUUUCUGCUGUUUUACAUCAGAGUUACUCCGAGGAGAAGCUACUGGAGGAGAACGGGACUUGUUCUGGGAAUGAUGGACACUCCCAGAGACAAAUACGGGAACCAUUGCUGUUAGCAAACUAUUUGUAGCUGUAAAAACUAAUCUUUUGAAAACAUUUCUGUUCAUUUUUUGUCUCCUGAAAAAAAAUCAUUAAAUCCUGCAAUUAAUUAAAAUCUUUUAGUGUGCAACUAUUCACCCUGGUUAAAUGAAUGUAGAUCGAUGGAUUUCACUCAGUGGGAACUUCAUUUUCUUAUCUUUGCAAAGAGAGAACAGCCCUUAUGGCACAGCAAUCUGCCCUGUUCUGACAGUUUAAUGCUUUCCCUUAUUUAUGUUGAUGAAAAAACGGUGACGGUUGUGUCAGAGUCAAAGAAAUUAACACACAAUUUAACAAACCUUAGGAAACAAUUUAGUUUGUCGUGGGAAUAAGCAUGAUUUGUCUAAACCGCCCGUCACUCCAACCUUUUCUCAGCCUUGCAGGGGAAACAGACUGAGUUAAAACAUUUUCACUGGAUUUGUUUUUGAAGUUCUAUGUUAUAUUCAUGUGCAUUAAUAUUUUUGGAGGAAAGGAAAAUCCAAUUCUUAGAUUUUCAUUUAGAGGAAUCUAAUUUCAUUCUAUUGGAUUAUAUUAUUCACUCUUUUUUUUCUAUUUGUUAAGAUUUUCAACAGAACACGAACAGUCAGAGGAAGCAUCACCUUUCCUCAGUCUUAAUCAGAACCUCAGACAUUCAAGCAAAGGGAUAAAUCAACAUAACAAAAUAUCCUGAAGAGAUGAAGCAAAUCUCUCAGAGUGGCUGUUGUGGAAAUAGAGAAAUAAAUAAUUAUUAAAUAGAGAAUUUGGUUUGUGACCAAAACCUGUGAACAUUUAAUUAUUACUGUGUCAGACCAUGUUUGGACCCUUUUCUCUCUCUCUGGAUUUGCCUCAGUUUUCGUCUCCAGGUCCUUUCAUAAGAUUAUGGAACAUGGUGACAGCAGGAAAUAAUAAACAGAGACGUGUCCUUUUGUUGGACAAUCCACUGGGCUGAUAAAUAACAGAGCAAGAGAUUCAAAUAUAUUAAUAGAGCUGCAUGAAGUAAAAUUUCUAUUCAAUUAGUUUCAAUAGAAAUUCUAUUACUUAUUAGGUCAAUAUACAUUUAUAAUUUAGGAUUUUUACAUAUUUUUGACUUAAUUUAAGUUUAAAACUACCGUUUUCUAUAGAU